AUGAAUCUUGGAGAUAUUGACGUGCAAAGAGUGCAUCAUGAACGUCCUCAGUUACAAAGAGUUUCAACAUCCGAACUCCCACCUUUACCAGCUCUUGCCCACAUCGAUCACUGCUCUUCCCUUACAUCGAGUAUCUCAGAAGCCCUGACCGUAAUUCCAUGGCAUGGACGACAACAAACAUCGCAACAAAACUCCCCGCAAGGCUCACCUCAAAGUUUCUCAACCGUGAGACCAGAUACUCGACGAGACUCAGUUGGCCUCAACGAAGCCGCACAUGCCUCAAACACUCCACUCGUUGUGCGAUUUGACGAGGAACAGAUUCGCAACGACGAACUCGCUGCAGCAGAACGAGAGAGGGAGGAAACAAUGGACCGAACGAGACCUGAAUCCGGCCCGCCUACACCUGUGGAUGAUACACCAUAUAUACGAUUCGCCAUCGACCAAUUGACGAUAAAGGAGGACAUUGCCUUCGCCAGGCGGCCGCUGUCAGAAGCAAGUUCAGAUUACCCUGUUAAUCGCGUUGUACCUGACCUCGGUCUGGGAUACCUCUCAACACAGCGACAACGAGAAGAGCUUGCUUUGACGAGGAAGCAUCGCUCAACGCCAACUCCUGAAGGACGACUAUUCAAUUAUAAUGCGACACGGCCAUUAUCAGAACAUUCAAGUCCUUCCCCCAUACCUAGAAGACAGAACUUGUCCGUCAGCCCCGAAAUCUUCAUACCUGUUGAUGCGCCGUCCCACACUCCAAGAUAUCCGACGCUUACCUAUGUUCCAAUUACGUUACGGCCAUUGUCCAUACUCGCUCUGUCAUUCUUCUGUGUGCUCAUGAUAGCAGCGAUCAUUUUCUGCGCUAUUUUCUCAAGUUACCACCAAGGUCUUUUCGAGUGGACCGGCGGCAUUCAUGGAGGACGAUACUUCACAUUCGGUUACCUACCGCAAAUACUCGCCGCAAUCUUAAUGCUUUACGUACAAGCAAUGAUGGCCGCCAGUACUCGUGUGCUACCCUACACCAUGUUGGCAAUGAAUGAUGCAUAUAUGAGAGCAGAUGCCUUGUUUCUAGGGAUCUUCCCUCGAACUAUGCUCUGGCCGCACUGGAGUGGUCCGCUCAGUAUUCGAAUCGCGAACCUCUUUCAAUGGAUGAUUGUAUUCACAAUACCGCUGCAGAGUUGUUUGUUUUCAGUCAUUCCAUUGCUAGAGCAGGAUGGCACCCAGGCGACAAAUCGAAUCGGCGAUGAUGAAAUACGAAUAUGGAGAUGGACUGCCGUUCAGGGCGUCGCAUGGACCUUAGUAGCAUUGUACAUCUUCGUGCUUGUUGGCACAGUUAUCAGGGGUUUGUUCUUCUUCCGAAGGGUAACUGGGUUGAUGUGGGACCCUCGCUCUCUUGCGGACAUCAUAUCCCUACUACCACGCAGCAACUGCUUGGAUGAUUACGCUGGAACCGAUGCCAUGGGAAGCAAGCAAGAAUUACGAGCUCGACUAGAAUUGAGGAGUGAUAGGCUGGGAUACUGGAUGACUCAACAUCGCAGCCAAGGACUCUUUUAUUGCAUUGGUGAGGAGGGCAGCUCUACUCGACGCUACACAUUGGAAUCGGGGAAGAUAUCAGAGAAAAAAGUUGGUGGCCCAGCUGGAUCCUCCAUUGACCUUGAGAAGAGCGCCAACGGCUUGGACGCAGCCACCAGAUUUCGUUCCAUCACAUGGUAUCUCCGUGACACAUAUGUUGUCUUGUGGGCUAUAGCAGCGUUUUUGAUAACGCUCGCAAUCAUCAUUGUGUCAUUUCUGCCGUCGACCUCUAUUUCCAAGGGAUUCCAACCUCUACAACCAGCUGCUACAGAUCGCCACGGGUGGUCGUCUGCCAAUUUUGUCUACAGCUUCGUUCCCUCCCUGUUGGGUAUGCUUCUCUACCUAUUCAUGCAAUCUAUCGACAUGAGUAUCCGCAAGCUCCAACCUUACGCCGACCUUGGAAAUACCAACGGAGCUACAGCUGGUACCUCGCUCCUCGUCGAUUAUACUGCCGCCCUCCCUCUCGAGUGCACGAUAAGCGCGCUGAGUGGUGGUCACUUCCGUGUGGCGCUACUGUCGCUUUUCUCGUUCUUGGCUCUUCUUCUUCCUGUUCUUGCGGGAGGCUUGUUCUUCGCCUUAACAUCUCCAUCUACUAAUGAGGCUCGAAUGUAUCCAAACAUGCCGGCUUUUUAUAUAUGCAUAGUGCUAUUAGCAUUUUACGUCAUGGCGCUUUUGUCUCUUCUCCCACGAAGAACUUUGAUGCAUCUUCCGCAUGAUGUGGACUGCUUGGCGGAAAUCUUCAGCUUCCUUUAUGCUAGCAGAAUGCUCGAAGAUGCUUCUUUCCGCGCACCAAGAUCGAAAGCAGAUCUUGUUACACGCUUGAUGAUUACCCAAGAUAAUGGCGGACAUGCGCUUUACGGGUUUGGACUUUACAGGGGUAGAAAUGGCAAGGAAUGCUUAGGAAUCGACAAGCUUGGGCGACCUGGCCCAGCCGGAGUUUCGAUAUUUCAUGAACGAUAA